UAGUAUGUUUAACGUGCUUUGCAAGCCAGGGUGCUGUGAGGUAAGGAGAAGUGGGUUUCUUUUGAUUUUCUGUUUCCCAUAAAAAUAGAUGCCCCCCCAUCUCACAUUAUAUAUAAAUGGGGCACAUAUCUGGAUAAAAUGCACAUGCCUCACUGCAUCCAGCUUGGCAUGGAGAUGUCAUUUGUUCUUUUAUGUAUGGGAAGGCUCCCCACCCUCAGAAAAGCAUUGAAAUCUGCAAAUUGCGCACACACCCCUGCAGCCUGAAAUGGUACAGUCCAGAAAAGGCUUCACACUUGAUUCUACUGAGCAUAUAAAACUUGUCCUCUGGUAUAUCUGCAUACAGGGCCCUUUCUGUCCUUGGGAGAGAACUUAUGAGUUACACAUUUCUCAGAGCACGUUCCAGGGUGUCCUGCAGUUGGGAGGAAGCAGGUAGAUCUGGAACAGACUAAGAAUUGGCGAAGUCUGAGAGGCCCCCUUGAUGUCUGGCUGAUAUCUCCAGAGCUUCUGAAUGCGACAGAUGUACCAAGAUGAUGCGCCUUCUCUUCCUCCCCCAAAUGUCAUAAUUUAGUGCACCUGCCCUUCGACUUCCUGCUGGCGGCUGUGGUGCUUCCUUCCUGCCCAAGCAAUCGAACAGCAGCACCGUCUCAGCCACAGCAGAGAAAAGAAGGCUCCAUCCAGGCGUGAACUGGGAACCCCAGAUAUGGAUGCCAGCCAUUGGCAAAACUGGGAUUCUUAUAUCUGUUUAUACCCUAGAAGUUUGGGAUAAGUAGUUAGUCUAGCUAGAGCAGAAAAGCACAGUGCACAAGACUAUCAGUGAGUUGCUUACUGAAAUGCCAAAAUGAAAUUUAUAUACAUUGGCAAAACAUUCACUGAGACAACAUGAUGUACUACUCAAAUAAUAAAAAAUGAGGGAUAAAUAAAAAAUUUAAAAACUUUUAAAUUUGACCGAGACAGAGGUUUUAUCCAUAGCGCCACCCGCGUCCCCUUAGCAGGCAGGUAGAAGGCUGUAAAAAGGAUUCCCUGACAGGAAAUUUGAAGAGCAUUUUUGUAGUGCAGGCCUGGCAAACUUCGUGUUUUUUAGAAUCUACUUCGGAUUUUGCUAGAACCCCACAAUUCACUGGCCAGAGGCGGACACAAAACAGUAGCUUGAGUCAGAGUCAGACACAAAAUAGUGGCCAGUGGGGUGGAGCCAAUUAUUUAUUGAACCCCAUGAGCCAUACAGUGGGAUGACCUUGCAUAUAUAAAUAAAAAUUAGCAUGUGGCGUAGAACGGGGAUUCUAACAACCUAAAUUUGGAGGGGGGAAUCUUUUUGUUAAAUGUUGUCGGGAGUGAAAAACACUUGCCAAUCUAUUGCCAAUCAUUCCACGGUCUACCAGUUGAGAUGUCCACACCUGCUAAGGCUUUGGCCUGAAAAAGAACAACCAAGACACUCCUUCCUCUGCCUGUUGGAUACUGAAUGUUCAAGUUCCCAUUCAGGAAGAGAGAACAAAUGGCUCUCUGCUGCCCUGUCUCCUAACAUUCCAGCAUUCAUCGGGCCUAGCAAAGGGGCUACCACAUCACAAUGGCUAUUGACAUGUUGUGCCGCUAAGCUGCUCAAUGCUGUUUUUCACCUCGGAGUUUGCACCUGCCCUGACUCCAGGAUACUGCUACUGUCCCCCUUGCAGGUGGCAUGGAUGCCUCGCACACGGGUGACAUCUUCUGGGUGCUGGCAUUUACUGUCCCACUUCUGGUGAUUCUACUGGUGCUUUGCAUUGACUGCCGGGACCCUGAAUUAGACACACAAUCUGUUGAUGAUUACCAGGACAAGCCUUCAAGUAGUGCACGUUCGAGUUCAACCUUCAAGUUGAUACGUCCUCCCUCCCCACCUUGGCCUGCUGUUUCAUCCCAACCAGACAUGUGGAGGCAUAGCAGAUGCCCCCCAUGCAGUCUUUCCUAUCCAGCACCGUCAUACAAAGUUGAAAGGGAUAAUGAAAGCAUUCCCAGUUAUGAAAACCAAGGUGAAGUACAAGCUGGUGCCACUGAUGAUGAGGAUAAUGAUGACAACUAUGUCCCUCCAUACAUUGACGUGCUGCCAGAUGCGCCACUUACAGGUCAAGGCAAUGAAGACGGUGCUUCCACAGAUUCCCUAGGGGAGCAGUAUGAGAAUGUGCUUGAGUGUGAGCGCAAUUCGCCCGGUGACUAUGUCAACGUACUAGAACCAGAAGCUACCAUGGUGGGUCCUUGUUUUGUUGGCAGUGGCACCAGUGAUCGGGAAAGUGAAGAUGACACUCCGGACUAUGAGAAUGUCUGUCCUGGGCUUUGAGGUUGAAAGGUUCCUUUGCCGGUUGCUCCAGUCACCUAUAUGCAGAAUGCAUUACCUGGUUGGCCUAAGGACACUGUCUUCCCAGUCACCCUCAAAUAUUGCCGUAACUUAUUGCCCUUCUUUGCACUUUGCAUGACACAUCCUGAGAAUUUUCCACAAUACUAUAGAAUCUUGGUAGCAAGAUUCAGAAGCUUGACUGUCCAUGUGGAACUGGUCUUCUAACACUCCCCACCCCCCCAGCCCGCAAAGCAU